AUGGAGCCAAGUUGGGCUCAUCUGCGGAGGAGAGAAGGGCUGGGAGAACAGCAGGAGCACCAACCUUCUGGAGAAGGAAGCACUGAGACGCAUAGAGCCCCAGAUUUGGUACAAUGGACUCGGCAUAUGGAGGCUAUGAAGACUCAGUUGCUGCAGCAAGCUCAGGGACAGCUGAUGGAGCUGCUGGAUCGUGCUGUGUGGGAGGCCGUACAAUCCUAUCUGCCACAAGGCGGACCCCUGCCCACUACUCCCCCAGACUCCUUGAGCAAGACCCGGGAGUCAACCCUUGGGAAACGGAAAGUUUUCAUCAUCCGCAAGUCCCUGCUUGAUGAGCUGAUGGAGGUGCAGCAUUUCCGCACCAUCUACCACAUGUUCAUCGCCGGCCUGUGUGUCUUCAUCAUCAGCACCCUGGCCAUCGACUUCAUUGAUGAGGGCAGGCUGCUGCUGGAGUUUGACCUACUCAUCUUCACCUUCGGACAGCUGCCCUUGGCGCUGGUGACGUGGGUACCCAUGUUCCUGUCCACCCUACUGGUGCCCUACCAGGCCCUGCAGCUAUGGGCGAGGCCCCGAGAUGGAGGCGACUGGACCCUGGGGGCGGGCCUGGGCUGCGUGCUGCUGGCUGCCCACAUCGCGCUCCUCGGAGUGCUUCCCCUGCACGUGGCCGUGGAGCAUGAGCUCCCGCCUGCCUCGCGCAGUAUUCUAGUCUUUGAACAGGUCCGGUUCCUGAUGAAAAGCUACUCCUUCCUGAGAGAGGCUGUGCCUGGAACCCUUCAUGCCAGAGGAGGAGAGGUGAUCCGAGCUCCCAGUUUCUCCAGCUAUCUCUACUUCCUCUUCUGCCCCACACUCAUCUACAGGGAGGCUUACCCCAGGACACCCCACGUCAGGUGGAAUUAUGUGGCCAAGAACUUUGCCCAGGCCCUGGGCUGCAUACUCUACGCCUGCUUUAUCCUUUGCCGUCUCUGUGUUCCUGUCUUUGCCAACAUGAGCCAGGAGCCCUUCAGCACCCGUGCCCUGGUGCUCUCUGUCCUGCAUGCCACAUUGCCAGGCAUCCUCAUGCUGCUGCUCAUCUUCUUCGCCUUCCUCCACAGCUGGCUCAACGCCUUCGCGGAGAUGCUGCGAUUUGGAGAUAGGAUGUUCUACCGGGACUGGUGGAACUCAACGUCCUUCUCCAACUACUACCGCACUUGGAACGUGGUGGUCCACGACUGGUUGUACAGCUACGUAUAUCAGGACGGGCUGUGGCUCUUUGGUGGCCAGGCACGAGGGGCAGCCAUGUUCAGUGUGUUCCUGGUCUCUGCAGUAGUUCAUGAGUAUAUCUUCUGCUUCGUCCUCGGAUUCUUCUACCCUGUCAUGCUGAUGCUCUUCCUCGUCUUUGGAGGGCUGCUGAACUUCACCAUGCAUGACCAGCACACGGCCCCAGCGUGGAAUGUACUAAUGUGGACCCUGCUUUUUCUGGGCCAGGGCAUCCAGGUCAGCCUUUACUGCCAGGAGUGGUACGCCAGGCGGCACUGCCCCCUGCCCCAGACAACCUUCUGGGGACUGGUGACACCUCGAUCUUGGUCCUGCCACACCUAG